AUGGCUACCCCCAGUGUUCUCGCUUUUGACGCUGAGGGUCGAGCCAUUGACUUUGAGGUUUGGGUGGAUGACUUGCAGCUUUUCCUACAGUGCGAUAGGGCAGACGGUCUUUUCCUCUUUGACCUCACCUCUGGUGCUUCCCCUGCCCCUACUGCCGAUGCCGACGCCACUGUUCGCUCCCAGUGGGCCACUCACGAUGCUGCUGCACGUCUUGCUGUGCGUCGCCACCUGCCUACCACUGAGCGCGCGCACUUUAGCCAGUACAAGAAUGCUCAGACCUUGUACGACGCUGUCGUUGCACGCUACUCCUCCCCUGCCACUGCUGCACUGAGCCGCCUCAUGCUACCUUACCUCUUUCCUAACCUUGCUGCCUUUCCCACAGUCGCUUACCUCAUUACGCACCUCCGCACUAUCACCCGCCUCCCUGACUCCCUUCGUGUAGUCAAGGACCACUUCCUCUCAGUCUGUCCCACCACUCUCACUGUUGACCUCCUAGAGAAGGCCCUCCUAGCGGCGGAGAAGAGCAUAGUCGCUGUAGGAGCCUCUCGUGGUGACCCUCGCACCCCCAUCUUUGAGGGGUGUUCCCCUUCCCCCCUGUUGCCCUCUGUCGCCUCUACUGCUGCGGCCGACCUCGUUGGUCUUGAGUCGGUCCGUGCGGCGUUUGCCCCUAGCGUGAGAUGCCGCUCUGACAAGGGCAAAGGGGGCAAGGGCGCGGGUGGGGCUAGCGGGGGUGGUGGAGGUGGCGGUGGGGGCGGCGAGGGGAGUGGGGGUGGCGGUGGGAGUGGUGGCGGGGGUGGAGGUGGUGGUGGCAGCGGCGGAGGCGGAGACGGCGGUGGCGGUAGCGGUGGGAGCGGAGGCGGCGGUGGCGGCGGAGGUGGAGGCGGCGGUGGUGGAGGAGGUGGAGCUGGUCGGGGUGGUGCUUCUCAGCGGAGCGGCUCCGGGAGUGGUCAGCGCCAGCAGCAGCAGCAGCAGGAGCAGCGUUCUCGGGACAUCCCCCCUCCUCAACAGCUCCGUGAGUGGUACACGCAGCGUCAGCGUGGUGGGGGUUUUGGCCCGUGCACCUACGUCCUUCGCUCCGGCGACCGCGCGGGUGAGCAGUGUGGGGGUUCUCACCCCACCCAGCGCUGCUUUGGCCGCCUGACGGACGCUUGGCGUCAGCAGUUCCCGGAGGCUAGUGAGAUCCCCCGCUGGGGAGAGCUGUCUAGGGCACGCGUAGCUAUCUUUGAUCUUGAAUUUGAUGCUAUCAUUGCUGCCAUGUAUGCUGUGACUAUUAGUGAUGAGGGUGACUGUUACCGGUGUUUCCCGCCCGACCCGGGCAUUGGUACUGCUGCUCUAGGUACUGGUGAGGCUGCUGCUCUAGGUGCUAGUGCGUCCACGCCCUCACGUGCUGGUGAGUCUGCGCUCUCAGGUACCACGUCGGCUUCGGCCUCCCUCACCUUCACACUUGACUCAGGGGCUUCUCGCUCCUUCUUUCGAGACCGCACCACACUCACGCCGCUUGGUCGGCCAGUUACAGUCUCCCUGGCAGACCCCUCUGGGGGUCCUGUCCUCUCUCACUUCUCCACUGUCCUCCCGUGUCCGGCUGCCCCCUCUGGCACCUUGUCUGGUCUUUACCUCCCCUCGUUCUCUACGAACUUGGUGAGUGGUGCUGACCUGCAGGAUACGGGGGUUCACCAGUUUACUCCUGCGAGUCAGCGGGUGACCCACUGCACGGACGCUCGGACAGGCCGACACCUAGCCACGCUUACACGUCGGCCGGGGGCGAGCCUGUACACACUGACCACUGCGUCUCCUCCAGUCAUUGCGUCUGGUCAGGUAGCUGCGUCGGGUCAGGGGCGGCUCCGAGCUGCCCCUCACUCCUCUCAGUUUCCCCUGACAGAGGCCCCGCUGCAGACGCUUCACAUGGACGUGUGGGGCCCGGCCCGCGUCCGUGGACAGGGUCACGAGCGCUACUUCCUGCUGGUGGUUGACGACUACUCGCGUUACACCAUUGUCUUCCCCUUGCGCAGCAAGGGUGAUGUCGCUGAGGUGUUGAUCGACUGGAUCCGCGCAGCUCGUCUCCAGCUCAGGAGGAGCAUCGGCUCGGACUUUCCUGUUCUGCGUCUGCACUCUGACCGAGGCGGAGAGUUCUCCUCUGGCCUUCUGCCGGAGACCUCCCCAACCUUGCUGUGGACGGGGAAGGUCGGCGAUGCGUCUGCGUUCCGUGUCUGGGGAUCUCGGGCGUUUGUCCGCGACUUGUCUGCGGACAAGCUGUCCCCUCGUGCUGCUCCCUGUGUCUUCCUUGGCUUUCCCCCUGACGCCCUUGAGUGGCAGUUCUACCACCCCACCUCUCGUCGUGUUCUGUCCUCCCAGGACGUCACGUUCGACGAGUCAGUACCCUACUACCGCCUCUUCCCCUACCGCACUCCUUCCCUCCCCCCGCCACCGCACUUCCUUGUGCCAGGUCCCCCCCCGGUAGACCCCCUCCCCCCUCAGGGUCCUGCCCCUUCAGGUGUGUCCCACGUAGAUGCAGUCGAGCCGGUCAAGGUUGCUAGUGACUCUGGUACUGCUGCGGGUGCUGAGCCUGGGGGUGCUAACUCUGGGGGUGCUGCGCGCGUGGGUGCUGAGCCUGGGGGUGCUGAGUCUGGGGGUGCUGCGACUGGGGGUGCUGAGCCUGGGGGUGCUACGACUGGGGGCGCUGAGCCUGGGGGUCCUUCGCCUGGGGGUGCUGCGUCUGGAGCUGCUGAGCCUGGGGGUGCUGAGUCUGGAGCUACUGAGCCUGGGGGUGCGGAGCCCGAAGCCGCUGGACCUGCUCGUGUGGCGUCUGGCGGUGCUGGGCCUGCUGGUUCUCCGGGUGCUUCGCGUACUACUGGAGCUGGUGCUUCUUCGGCUGCUGAGGGUGCUGGUGCCGCUGGUCUCGGAGGUGCUAGUCCUGCGAGUGCUACUGGAGUCGGAGCUGCUGAGGGUGUUGGCGCUGAGGCUACUGCUGUCAGUCCUGGCGGCGGUCCUGCUGCGGGUGCUGCUGGUGCUGCUGGAGGUACUGGAGCUGGAGGUGCUGUUGACGCUGGUGCUGCCGCUGGGGGUGCUGGUGCUGUCUCUCCUUCCUAG